UGUGUCUGCAAUGGAUAAGGUGUCUGCUUUUCCCUACCUCACAACCGACGAAUUCGUCAAGGCUUGCACACACGUCCAACCUCUGUUGUCCGAUAGCGCCCUGUUCGUUGACGAUUCUGCAUACUUGCGCAUCACCCGGCGCUUGGCUGCGGCUUCAGUCGUUAACGCCGAUGGCCAGGAACCUGUUGAUUCACAUCUUGAAACACCAGGGGAUUACGAUGAAGAAGCCAUAGUCAAACAUGUUCAAAAUGGUUCGUUUGUCACUGUACAUUAUGACAUCUUGCUCUCCCCCAGCUACAGAGUACCCGUGGUAUACAUGACCGCCAGCCCUCCGCUAUCCGUCUCACAUUUCUUUGACCUUGUUGUACCACAUCACUUCCGAGACGCGAUGCGUGAAACAGGAGUAAUGGGUGCCCUGUCUAUGACGGAUCAUCCUUCGACGGGAAUGCCGGCAUACUUUGUACACCCCUGCCGCACUGCAGACACCAUGUGCGCCACGACGUCUGGAGACAUUCAUGUUCGAGAUUAUAUGCUUCUCUGGCUGGGGAUUGUUGGAGCAAGCGUGGGCUUGAUUGUAUCGAGCACAGAUUUGCGCCGUGCUGAU